CUUUGGUCACAUCGGAGUUGUCUACCCCUAAUCCAGUUCCAACAUGGCUACUGCUGCUAAAGCUAUCGAGAGAAGUGGCGUUGUGAAAGAUGGGGUCACAGGUGAAACAUUUCUGCCUGAAUCUAGAAGGCCUGAUGGUUCAAUUCGUAAAGCUAGAAGAGUAAAAGCAGGAUAUGUUCCUCAAGAAGAGGUGCCAGUGUAUGAAAACAAAGGAAUGCAGUGGUUAAAAGGUCGAUCAGAUCUUCCUGUUGGAUUAAGUCCUGAUUUAAUGCUCAAGGCACGAGCGGCCAAAGAUGCUGUGGCCCGUGGAGAUGAUGUUGAACAACCUGAUGUUGGCAGUAAUAAAAAGAAGGGCAAGAAAAAAGCUGGAGAAACAACAGGAAAACAAGCAAAUCGGCAAAAGAAGGGUGGUAAUAAAAAAUUGGAAGAAGAUAAUGAUGCUGUUGGUGACUUAUUAGCUUCUGUGUAUGGUAUUAAGGUUACUGAUGAACCUGCCAAAAAAACUGUUGAUCAAAGUGGUCCUAACACAGACAUUUCUAGAAAAUUGAAAAACUUACAAAAGAAACUGAAAUCAACUGAAAAAUUAGAAGAUAAAAUAAAAAGUGGUGAAUUGAAACAACCAUCUAAAGAUGAAUUAGAUAAAGUAGCUAGAAAAGGCGAUUUAGAAGCUGAAAUUAAACAAUUACAAGCUCAACUUGAAAAAUCAUGAUUCGUUUGUUUUAUAUAGAAAUAUAUAUAAUAUCACUUGACAUCUAGACUUCUAAAAUAUUAGCUCACUUGUUAAUUCCAAAAAAAAAAUCAACUUUCAAAUUUAUUACCUUUCUUUUAACAAUGUAUUAAUGUACAUAGUUUCAAUCUAUUCUUAAGUGAAACAAUGUAAACAUGCCGAAAAAGUCGGUGAAUGCUUACAGAAUACAACAACAGCUGCUGUUGGCUUUCAGUUAAUUUAUCUUUGUCAUUUGCAUGGUUUCACUUGAGAGUAACUUUCGUAGAAAGUUGUUGGAACCAUGGUGCAUUUUAAAAUCAGUGAAUUUUAAACCAUAAAAUUCCUUUUAGUCAGAUCUCAACAUCCAAAACUGAUGUUCAGGCCUGAAAAUAGUGACUUAAGUUGUGUCAGACAUGUAGUAUCAUUAAAAACACUGAUGCUGAUCCAAAUAACAGGCACCAGAGGGUUCAUGUCUGACAAUGCCUGAUAUGUGUACGUCAAUGUCUGUAACAGACGCCUCUUAUGUAAAUUAUUAAAAGAUAUCUAAAUUUCUCAACCAUCGAAUGAAGUACAGUGGAUAUCUUACUCAUCUAAAAUCAUAUUUUAUAUCAUUGUUUUUGUUUAUAGCACACUUCCAUGAUAAAACUAAUAAGUGGACACAGACUCAUUUUCCCAUUAUAUAUGAAUGUACUGGGGAACCUGUGACACAAAGCAUACACAUUAGAUACUACAGUAUGUUCAUUAGAGCUGUAUGUUAAAAAGCUUAAACAUAUAUUUUGUGAAAUGGGACCCAGGUGGAUGUUGUUUUAUUCAUUAUAUUUAAAAAGAAACAUAACCCUUUUGAUUUAGAUUAAAAUAAACUGUUGAAUGAAUACCAUAUGAUCUGUUAAUUCAAAUAGUACUAUACCAGGGUAAAGCUUUGUUUAAUUAUAUUUUCAUUUUUGACUUAAGCUGAAAUCUCCUUAUUCACAAACUUCAAGAUUGUAUGCAGAAGGGGGGUUACUAGUACUACUAUUGCAAAAGAAAUCAACAUAUCAAAUUUAUCUUAAUAGACAAUUUAAUUUUCUACCUAAACCAAUAAAACAUUUUUAAUUUAUAAAUAUAAAAUCGUAUAAUGUGUAGAAAUUUUGGUUAGAGUGUAUUAUAUGAGUGUUAAUAUUUGUAGGUAGACAGGGUGCAGUGUGAUAUUAAUAAUAUUGCUGAAUAGUCAAAAGGUUGUAUUAAGUAGAGAUGUAUCUUUUACCACUUGAAUUUCAUAUAUAAUACAUAGUAUGGGGUCGACAAUAAUUUCAACAGAUAUGUAACUAACCAUAAAACAAUACUGGCAACUUUCAGUUUGUUUUAGUAGUUAUUUUUUCAUAGAAAUCUGAUAUUUUCGCUAUUAAUUAUUGAUAUUUUGGGGGAACAAACAAUGUACAACCUCUUGACAAAAUAUAUAUAAAACCCUAUUUUUAUUGGCUUCUAAAUGAAAAGAUGCCACAAGAAAAGUUUGAUUCUGAAAUGGCGAAAAAUGUGAAUUUUGUAAAAUAUGCCAGAUACAUGUACAACUUUUUGGCUCUCCACCAAUAUUAUAAUUGUAUAUAAAUUUUGUCUUGUUUAACCUUUACUACAAUGAAAUGUGUAUAAAUGUAUUACCUGAAGUUAAAUACAGCCAUUCAAGUUUGUGAUUAUUUUUUACAAAUUAACAUUGAUAAGGUAUAAAAUUAAGAACUCCAAUAUUCUAUGCAUGUACAUGUACUUAAUUUAAAAAUUCCUCUUCAGUGUAUGAUUAUAUUUUUCUAUUUGUGUGGUAGAGAAAAAAGUCUUAUACUAAACCCUGUAAAGACUUUGCAGCUAGAAAUGAAUUCAGCCCCUUCCUAUUAUGGUAUCAAAUUUCUAUAUAAUAUUGAAUACCGAUUAUUGUCAGACACAUAAAAUCAUCUUAUUCAUGGUCAUCAGAUCAUAUAAAUAUAAAUUCAUGUAUAUAAUGUGUUUAAAGAUUAGUCUACACGAACAAUAUUAAAAGCUGUCAGUAUAUAUAUAUAAGCAAUAUGUUCUUGGAAUGAAUAAAUUAUGAAUAAUA